UAAGCCACAAAGAAACAAAAAAAAAAAAGAAGAAAAAUCGGCGAGUGCUUAGUAAAGUAUCAAGUAAGGGCUUUUCGUGGAACAGUGAAAGCGAAAGAAAAUUGACAAGCGCUUUCAUUAGCUCGAAACAACAACAACAACAAUAACAGAAGUGCACGUCAAAGCAAAACAUAUACCAGAAUGGAGACGGGUUUGUACGAGCGCGAUCGCGCCGGCGUACAAGACUUUGUGCUGCUUGAGAACUACCAGAGUGAGGAUGCGUUCAUUGAUAACCUUAAGAAGCGUUUCCAGGAGAACCUUAUCUACACCUACAUUGGUCAGGUGUUGAUUUCGGUGAAUCCCUACAAGCAACUGCCUAUCUACUCUGAUGAACACAUCAAGGAGUACAGAAACAAACAUCUGUAUGAGAUGCCACCACACGUAUUUGCUGUGACGGACAAUGCCUUCCGUUCGCUUAUUGAGGAGAGUCGGGCUCAGUGUGUUCUCAUCUCCGGUGAGAGUGGUUCGGGAAAGACGGAGGCCUCCAAGAAGGUUUUGCAAUAUAUUGCCGCCUGUUCGGGUCACCAGACGACUGUGGAGGGCGUCAAGGAUAGGCUGCUGAAGAGUAAUCCUGUGCUGGAGGCUUUCGGCAAUGCCAAGACGAAUCGCAACGACAACUCCUCGCGUUUCGGCAAGUACAUGGACAUACAAUUCGACUACACGGGUGCGCCAAUCGGUGGUAAUAUCCUGAAUUACUUGUUGGAGAAAUCACGCGUGGUCGGCCAGAAUGCCGGAGAGCGCAACUUCCAUAUCUUUUACCAACUUUUGGCGGGUGCCGACGAUAAGCUGCUCCAGGAACUUAAUCUGCAACGUAAUCUGAACAACUAUCGAUAUUUGAGUGAUGGGGGCAAGGGUACGGUGGCAAGCAUCGACGAUGUGGAAAGCUUUAGGAUUGUGCAGCAGGCCUUGGGCGUCAUUGACUUCAGUCCGGAGGAGCAGCGUGAGAUCUUUAGCAUUAUAGGCAGCAUUCUGCAUUUGGGCAAUGUGAGUUUCAACGAAGUCGAUGGCAAUGCUGAGGUCGCCAAGCGCGAUCUGGUGGUGACAGUAUCACGUCUAUUAGGGGUUAAUGCCACCGAGCUGAACGCAGCACUGACACAUCGCACAAUUGAUGCCCGUGGAGAUGUGGUUACUUCACCACUUAAUCAUGACCUGGCCGUCUAUGCACGCGACGCCCUCGCCAAGGCUGUCUACGACCGCCUAUUCUCGUGGCUGGUGCAGCGCCUGAACAUAUCCCUGCAGGCGAAGGAUACACGCGGAGCUCGCAACAAGGUUAUGGGCAUUUUGGAUAUCUAUGGGUUUGAGAUCUUCUCAAAGAAUAACUUCGAGCAGUUCUGCAUCAACUUUUGCAAUGAAAAGCUGCAACAGCUUUUCAUCGAACUGACCCUAAAGUCUGAGCAGGAUGAGUAUCGCCGCGAGGGCAUUGAAUGGAUACCGGUGGAGUAUUUCGACAACAAGGUCAUCUGCAAUUUGAUUGAGGAGAAACACAAGGGUAUUAUCUCCAUACUUGAUGAAGAAUGCUUGCGACCGGGUGAUCCCACCGAUUUGACCUUCCUCGAGAAACUGACCCACAAACUGGCCACUCAUCAUCAUUAUAUUUGCCAUGAGAAGGCACCCACUCAGGUGCAGAAGAUCAUGGGUCGUGAUGAGUUCCGUCUGGUCCACUAUGCUGGUGAGGUUACCUACAGCGUCAAUGGUUUUCUGGACAAGAACAAUGACUUGCUCUUCCGCGAUCUCAAAGAGACGCUCAGCAAGGCCGGUAACAGUAUAGUCCGUACAUGUUUCCCGGAGCAGGAGUUGCGCAGCAAGAAACGCCCCGAGACGGCCGUAACGCAAUUCAAGGCCUCUCUCAAUAAUUUGAUGGAUAUACUGAUGUGUAAAGAACCGUCUUACAUUCGCUGCAUUAAGCCAAACGAUCUGCAAACCCCAGGCGUCUUCAAGGAUGAAUUGGUGCUGCAUCAGGUCAAGUAUCUGGGUCUGAUGGAGAAUCUGCGCGUGCGCCGUGCUGGCUUUGCCUAUCGACGCACCUACGAUUUGUUCCUACAUCGCUACAAGUGUCUGAGCAAAUCGACUUGGCCCAAUUACAAGGGCUCUGGAGGCUCUAGGGAAGGCGUUAAGCUGCUGGUUAAGGAUCUGGGCUAUGGCCCCGAAGACUACCGCCUGGGUACAACCAAGCUUUUCAUUCGUUGGCCACGCACAUUGUUUGACACGGAGGAUGCCUAUCAGGCGAAGAAGCAUGACGUUGCGGCUAUUAUACAAGCCCAUUGGAAGGGUCUUGUUCAGCGUCGCAAGUAUUUGAAGCUUCGGGAGCAAGUGAUAAAGCUGCAAUCCUAUUGUCGUCGUGUGCUUGCCAAGCAGGCUGCUCAGCGGCGUCGUGAGGCAGCGGACAAGAUUCGUGCCUUUAUCAAAGGCUUUAUUACACGCAACGAUCCACCCAAUGGGUUCAACGAAGAUUUCAUCGCUAAUGCCAAGCGAAUGUGGCUAUUGCGUCUGGCAAAGGAGCUACCUAGCAAGGUUCUGGACAAGAGCUGGCCUCCAGCUCCCGGUCACUGCCAAGAGGCAUCCAGCUACUUGCAUCGCUUGCAUCGUUUGCAUUUGGCUCGCAUCUAUCGGUUAAAGUUGACGCCUCAAAAGAAGCGCCAAUUUGAGCUAAAGGUGCUGGCCGAGAAGGUGUUUAAGGACAAGAAGAGCAACUACUCAGCCAGUGUACCAGCCUGGUUCCAGGAGGAUCGCAUACCCAAAGACCAUAUCCAGCGCGUCAACGAUUUUGUAGCCAGCAAUUUUGGCAGUGAACAGCUAAAAUAUCAGUCACCCUGCACUAAGUUCGAUCGCCAUGGCUACAAGUCCCGCGAACGUUUCAUUCUGCUUAGCAAUAAGGCUGUCUAUGUCCUUGAUGCAAAGACAUACAAGCAGAAACAUCGCCUGCCGCUGGAGAAGAUCGACUUUACGCUGACCAAUCACAAUGAUGACCUGAUGGUGAUACGAAUUCCCCUCGAUUUGAAGAAAGAUAAGGGCGAUUUGAUUCUGAUCAUACCACAUAUCAUUGAGUUUAGCACCUACAUAAUCGAUACGGUCGGCACAGCCGACAUUGUGGCCAUUGUGGACAGAGAUUCGCUUGAGCACAAUACAGUCAAAGGCAAAGGUGGCGUAAUAGAUAUUCAGACGGGCUCUGAACCGGGAGUUAUGCUCGAUAAGAGCGGCCAUCUUGUUAUUAUUGCUGGUCAAUAAAGGAAUUUAAUAGAGUUAAAUACGACAUGGCUUUAAAUCAAACGACAAUUGUUUUAUUUUAAUCGUGUAGUUUAUAUUGUAUGUACUUACAUAAAUCUUUAUUAAUAUGUAUUGUUACCGAAACGAAUUGUAUAAUUUUUUGACUUUAUGUACUUAUAACUGUGCUUGUUCCAAUUAAACGUAUUGCAAUGUUUAUAUAUUUUUUAAA